UUUGAGAAAAGUAUCAUACAUAUCUUGCCCUGCGUCGGGUUAGUACGUCACUCGCAUAAUGAUGUGGAAAAGUAUAGCCUUGUUAGCCAUAGUGGCUUCAGUGCAGUGUAACCCGGUGAAGGAAAGCGGCUUAGCUGAAAAAUUCGUUAGUGCCGUCUCGGAGUGCAUAGAAAAGGAUACGUCGUUAUGUUUGAAGGAAAAAGCGUUGAAACUCACCGAAAGACUGUCUCUGACGAAAGACGUCAGCCUCCUGGAAGGCAUGUCUCUGGUCAACACUGGCUCAGCUCGAUCAGCGAGGAGUUACGAACCGCUAGCUGAGGAGCCAAAAGCCAGGGAAAUCCAAUUGAACGAGAGGAUAGCCAACAAUAUCGGAGACUUCUUGGAUGGCCAUGUGCUGCAACUGCGCCUGACAGAACCUGAGGCGGAAUCCAGGGAAUUGGAUGAGGAAGGCCGUGGCAAGAAGAAGAAGAUAAAGAAGCUGCUCCCUCUUCUUCUGCUCUUGAAGCUGAAACUCGCCGCAUUAGUUCCUCUCUUUUUGGGUAUCAUCGCCUUCGCUGCGGUCAAGGCAGUCUUUCUUGGCAAGAUUGCCUUCGCCAUGAGUGCCUUUAACCUGGUUAGGAAACUGUUAGCAAAGGGAGGUUCAGGUCACAGCUCAGGUUCUAUCAGUAUCACCCCCCACCAUCACGAAGAACACCCAGGGUACAACUACGAGCCAGCGCAAGGAUGGAGCAGGCAAGCGAGUGAUGCAUCUUCGAUGGCCUACGCAGGCCAGUUGAACUAGAUUUAUGUGUGCGUGUGUAAUUUAUUGUGUGUGUAUGUGUAUUUAUGUUGCCAUGUAUGAGUAUUGAGUACCUCAGUCUAUUUAUUGAGUAAAUAUUUAUUCGAUAAUGUU